UUUAUGUUUCAUUUUCAUAUAUCGCAAAUAUCAAAAAAAGGAGAAUAAUUAUCAAAAAAAAUAAUACAAAUAAUGUGACAAAAGAUUUCAAAUUAUCAAAUAAAAGAAGUACAAGUACCACACUUAAGAAAAAAAAGAAAAAAGAGAGAGCAUAUUUCUAAGUGUGAGAUCGAUGAGUAGGGACUGACACACUAAGAAAGAGCUGGCUGAGCACCAAGAAAAAGAAAACCCUCUUUUAUUUUGUCACAAAAAAGUGUUCCAAGUCCACUCUCUCUCCAUAGAUGAAACCCCCCAACUUGGGAACACACAGAGAGGGGUUGCCAUGCCUGAUGCCAGUAUGGCGUAUCCUUGUUUUCUCUCUCUUCAACCCUAAAACUAACCCUAUUUAAAUACCAAACUCCCACCCACUUAUUUCUCCCAUGCAUUUGUCUCCCUUCAAAAUUUCACACUAUCCCACCACUUGUAUUUUCGUGCUAACUAUAUCUAUAUCUAUCUUCUUCUUCUUCUUUACAUUAAUUCUUCCAAAACUCCAUAUUUCUAACUCCACCACUUAUCUCUUUCACUCCAUACCUUGUCUCCUCCAAAUUGUCCCACCAUAUUUUUCUUGUUGUUUCUUUGUUUUUUGGAUCAUCUUCAAAUAUAUACAUAUAUUUCGUUAUCUUUAACAACAUUUCAUUAUAUUGUUAGUUCAUCUGACACUGUCACACACACUUAUAUAUACUCUACUGUAUAACCUAAAGUUUUUAUUUCCAAGUGAACAUAAAAACAUCUUUCUUUAAAGAAGUAUAAUGUCUAGCAGAAGGUCACGCUCUAGGCAAUCUGGAGGUUCCAGAAUUACAGAUGAUCAAAUUCAAGAUCUUGUCUGCAAAUUGCAGCAACUUCUUCCUGAGCUCCAUAACGCUCGACGCCCUGACAAGGUAUCAGCAUCAAGAGUAUUGCAGGAAACAUGCAAUUACAUAAAAAGUUUACAUAGAGAAGUAGAUGACUUGAGCGAGAGACUGUCACAGCUGUUAGAAAAUACAGAUACAACUCAAGCUGCACUUAUUAGGAGUUUACUUUUGCAAUAAUAAUUGGAUACUUACUACUUACUAGUACUACUUAGUAUUUUCUGUGUACUUUUCUCCCCUUUCUUGUCGUUCUUUUUUUUUUUUUUUAAAUCUCCCCCCUUUAAUUUCAUGCUUUUCACUUUAUUUCCAACUAUUUUGGUUUUUUUUUUCCAGUAUAAUUUGCCCCCCACCCCUAGGGUUGUGUCACUACCUAGAUGCUAAUGGAAGCUGUAGUAGGGCAGUUAGGUUUUUUUAUUAUUCGGAAGCUCCUUUGAGCAUGAAAUCAUAUAAUAAUAUGGAGCAAGCUUCAUUCUGUGUAAAAGGGAAUGGUUGUUUUCUGGUACUACUAUACUAUAGCCCUUUUUGUACUCUAUGAAUAUCAUCUAGUUGUUGGCUAUAUACCAUAAAGCAACUUAUGUUUAUCGAAA